AUGCAAGUUAGCAUGGAAAAGAAUAUCCAGAAGUUCCCGGAUGUUAAGAUCAAACUUCCAAAAAACAAUUUAAUCACUGUGCACAAAUUGGUUGAAAAAUAUCCUGAUAAACUCAAAGUCAAGGAUACAAAUGACAAUAUACAUGAAGCUAUACAUAAGAAUUCUCAAAAAGUGUUUUACACUGAAUCGGAUUCAGAGCAUUCUAAAAGAAUUAAUCAAGAGCUGAUUGAUACUAAAUAUAAGAAAGCAGCAGAGGUUCGGGUUAAUACCCUGAGAGUUGUGGAUCUUCCUGAUAGAUGUGCUAUAGUUGGUCAAACAAAUUUUCAGGCUUUCUACGGGUACACAUUUGCAAUUCGUGCACAAUUUUCCGCAGCAAAUGACAAAAUUCACAUUAAUUCCGCAAGAUCUUAUCAAUUGAAACUCAUACGUGGUAUUGGGCCCACAAUAGCAGAAAAAAUUGAGCCAGAAAGAAAAAGAAAGUUUUCUGAUACAAUGGAUGAUUUAUUGGAACGCGUUCCUAAAUUUCCUCGAUCAGAAAGGUUUAUAAUGUUGUAG